AUGAACGAAAAUCUUUUCGCCUCUUUCAUUACCCCUACAAUAAUAGGUCUACCUGUUGUAAUUAUUAUUAUUAUACUCCCAUCCAUAAUACUAACAUCUUCUAACCGUCUCUUAAGCAACCGCUUCCAUACAUUUCAACAAUGAGUAGUUAAAAUAAUUACCAAACAAAUAAUAUCAAUUCAUUCGCCAAAAGGACAGACUUGAUGCCUAAUACUAGUUUCCCUAAUUAUCUUUAUUGGCUCAACAAACCUCUUAGGCUUAUUACCUCAUACCUUCACCCCAACAACCCAACUAUCAAUAAAUCUAGGAAUAGCAAUUCCACUAUGAGCAGGAACAGUUUUCCUCGGAUUUCGCCACAAAAUAAAAAGCACAUUAGCCCAUUUCCUACCGCAAGGAACACCUAUUCCUCUUAUUCCUAUACUCAUUAUUAUUGAAACAAUCAGCCUAUUUAUUCAACCCAUAGCCCUUGCAGUUCGACUAACAGCCAAUAUUACUGCAGGACAUUUACUCAUACAUCUUAUCGGAGGGGCAACCCUAGUUUUAACCUCUAUCAGUCCCCCAACAGCUAUAAUUACAUUUAUCAUUCUUGUACUCCUAACUAUUCUAGAAUUUGCUGUUGCCCUAAUUCAAGCAUAUGUGUUUACUCUACUAGUAAGCUUAUAUCUACAUGAUAAUACUUAA